AGGAAGGAAGGGAGGAAGCAAGCGGCAAGUGAGUGGGCGAGGACGGACGAAUCCUAUAGGGCUGCUCGACUGCCAGGACUAGAGAGGGUGCGAGGGUCACGUGCUGCUGCUGCAGGAACGGGAACGUUCCCUCAAACCGUUAUUGUCGUCGUCGUCCGUUGUCGUUGUCUCGUGCUCGUCGUGGUGUUCGAUCUCGGUGUUUACUUGGAUGUUGUCUCUGCCGCUGCUUGGAUGAAGCAUUAACCACGCGCCGGAAUAUCUCAGUGCACCGUGCUUUUGAUCCGUGGCUCGUGAACUGUCAACCACCUAGUGGCCCGUAACCUGGUAACGAAAAUGUGCUAUCGAGAGUGCGAUUCCCCACUAGCGCGAGUGAAGAAAAUGUGAAAAGUGAAUUUGUUGUUUUGGAAAAUCGAAUCCCCCCCGCCCCGAGUAGCAGUGGAAGCAAACAAUCGGAGUUAUCCAAAGUGAACUGUGUGUCGGAGUAUUAGUGACCGAUUAGAGGGGGGGUGGGUCGUGUAAUGUCCCUUGGCGAGUGUUGGAGUGUUGUGGCCAGCGAACAGUGAAGUGUGCAGCAGCGUGAACAAUGGCAACAAUAAUGUCCCACAACCUACCGCUGAUACCGCUGCCACUGAAGGCUAGUGCGACGGCCCUGGCCAAAGCCGGACUCAUGAUGCCCGGUCCGGCCGGUUUGCUGAGCGGUGCCCUCGGUGGUCUCGGCCCGGCCGAGCCCCAACGUUCAUCAUCGGCCGCGGCCAAGCUGGACGAGACGGAUGAAACGGAUCGAAUGAGCUGCUGCAGCGACGAUAGCGAACUGUCCGUCGGUCAGGAAGUCCCGGACGAUCUGCGGGCACCGACGGCCGCCACCACGGCGGAGGAGAUGAGUAACGAUUCGUCCCGCUACUCCAAGGACACCGGUUCGGAGUUGGACUUUGUACGGUUACACCAGCAACAACAGCAACCGCCGGGAAUGUUGCGACCAAGUCCGACGCGUCUGCACGAAGAGUUUCUGCGCAACUCGCAGCUAUACGCCGAGGAACUGAUGCGGCAACAGAUGCAGAUCGUGGCCGCUGCCCGUGGCCUCGCGAUGACGAGCCCCGGUAGCAAGAGUCCACUCGAGGCGAUGGCAAACUCCGGUCCGGUAGGGUUGGUGACCGCACGGAACCUACACCAGGAGCUUCACCGGAGUCGUAGCCCGCUGCAGGGAUUCCGGCCAGCGCGGGACGCUUAUCGGCCGGAUAGUUCCUCUUCACCGGCCAACGAACCACCAACAGGAGCAGGAGCAGCAACAGGAGCAGGAACGGUGGGAAGUGGAAGCUUCCGGGGGCUCCAUUCGCAUCUCAGUGCAAUAUCGGCCAUCACGCAGAACCUCAACAGUGACCUCUCGAAGCUGACCUCACCGACGGCGUUCGCUGCUGGCAGUGCGCGUACGUCACGCGAAAGCUCUCAAUCACCUCCAACGCAUCAACAACACCAUCAUCAUCACCAGCUGGCGCUGGCCGCACUGAACAACAACAUUGCCAACGUGCUGCACGAGCAGAGCCUCAAGUUCAGCAUCGACAACAUACUGAAGGCGGACUUUGGCCGGCGCAUCACCGAUCCGUUGCUGCUGAAGCGAACACCCAAGGGCGGAACGGGCGGUGGCCGCCCGAAAGCCCAGAACGACAAAACACCGUCGGCAAUCGAUCUGAGCGGUGCCGUGGCCGGCUCAGGUGGAGGUGGUAGUGGGUCCGGUACUGCGGCCAGUGCAAACAGUGCGAUCAACAGUAGUAGUGGCGGUGCCGGCGCCAGUAAUGGUACUAGUUCCAGUUCCGGUGCUAGCGGUGGAAGUGGAAGCGGCAAUGGAACGUCCUCCAGCAGCAGCGGACCGAUGGUAUGGCCCGCCUGGGUAUACUGUACCCGGUACAGCGAUCGUCCCAGUUCAGGAAGGAGUCCACGGACGCGUAAACCAAAGAAAAGCCCGGCAGAGAAAGGCAGCGGAGGGGCGCAGACAGCUGGCAGUGGUGGUGGCACUGGUGGCGGUGGUAGUGCUGGUGGUAACGGUGGCAAUGGUGGUGGAUCUGCGGCCCUCGCCGAUGACAAGCGACCUCGGACGGCAUUCAGUGGCCCUCAGCUGGCCCGAUUGAAGCAUGAGUUCGCCGAGAAUCGCUACCUGACCGAACGUCGCCGGCAGCAGCUGAGUGCGGAGCUGGGACUGAACGAGGCGCAGAUCAAGAUCUGGUUCCAGAACAAGCGGGCCAAGAUCAAGAAAUCGUCCGGCCACAAAAACCCCCUAGCACUACAGCUGAUGGCCCAGGGGCUCUACAACCAUUCGACCGUCCCGUUGACGCGCGAAGAGGAGGAACUACAAGAGAUGCAAGCAGCGGCAGCGGCCGCCGCAGAAUCGCGAACAGGAUCAGCAGGACCUGGCGCGGCGGCAGCAGCAGCAGCAUCGGCGAGCGGAUAAGCUACUAGAUCCCGACUAGACACUGUACGGUGGUUCUAUUUAUUACCAAUCGAAGUGACGUGAGAAGGGCGAAGAGAGACUCUCCCGAACUUCUAAAUACCUAACCUACACGA